CUGCCUCCCGCCUAACCCGCGAUCGCUCCCCCCCUUCCCCCGCCGAGGCGAAGCUGGAGCCGCAGGAGAUCCGGCGGGCACAGGGAGGGGACAGGGAUGGGUUGUUUUCUCUCCCCCGCCCGCCCCGAGACCUAAGGAGAUGCAGCCCAAGUUCGCCGCGAUGACUCUGCUGCUGGCACCGGGGUUUCUCCGCGGCAUCGCAGCCUCCGGACCGCCUGAAUCCUGCUCCUUCUGAAUCGUCGGCGCCGGGUUAAAGCUCAGUUCUCAUGUUGUGGUUGCUGGGCUGCCGCGCUCCCGUUUUGCGAUGGGAGGUGGAGGAAGAGGGAUUGUCCGUGAGUCAACACCGAAAACGUGAUUAGGAGGAACUGCUUUAACUAAUCUGUUUCUAACCUUUCAGUCAAUGUUGGCCUGUGACCCCUCUCAGCUUUCACAUCCAGCCUGAUCAGACCACAACACUGGUCUCCCUAUGGAAGCAACUGUUUGUAUUUGGCUUUGAGGUCCCAUGGAGAAGCCGAGGAGGGGGAUGGCUCUUCAUAUCCAUGAAGCCUGGAUACUUCUGUUUGUGCUCCCUGGUUUGGUCACUCCAGCUGCCAUCAAUCAUGAAGACUACCCCGCUGAUGAAGGGGACCAGACCUCCAGUAAUGACAAUCUGAUCUUUGAUGAUUACCGGGGGAAGGGCUGUGUGGAUGACAGUGGCUUUGUGUACAAACUGGGAGAACGUUUUUUCCCAGGACAUUCCAACUGUCCCUGUGUCUGUACUGAGGAUGGACCUGUUUGCGAUCAACCAGAAUGCCCUAAAAUCCACCCAAAGUGCACAAAAGUGGAACACAAUGGAUGCUGUCCAGAAUGCAAAGAAGUGAAAAACUUUUGUGAAUAUCAUGGGAAAAAUUACAAAAUCUUGGAGGAAUUUAAGCCCUCGCCAUGCGAAUGGUGUCGCUGCGAGCCCAGCAAUGAAGUUCACUGUGUUGUAGCAGACUGCGCAGUCCCCGAGUGUGUCAACCCAGUCUAUGAACCAGAGCAGUGUUGUCCUGUCUGCAAAAAUGGUCCCAACUGCUUUGCGGGCACCACGAUAAUCCCCGCGGGCAUCGAGGUGAAGGUGGACGACUGCAACAUUUGCCACUGCCACAACGGGGACUGGUGGAAGCCGGCACAGUGCUCCAAGCGCGAGUGCCAGGGCAAGCAGGCUCUGUAGCAGCGCCCCCGGCCAACAACCCGCUCAUGGUGACGGUGAUGAUGGUGAUGAUGGUGAUGAAGGUGAUGAAGGUGAUGAUGGUGAUGAAGGAACGGCUUCGACCUCCCGCCGGCUGCAGCAGGGUCAGCAGCAAGCCCUGCGAGGGUGCCACACGAGCAGAGAUCGGUAGCUGCGGGGAAGGAAGGGUGUCCCCUGCAGCUCCUGUCCCGCUUUACACACUCCCUAGCCGGUGUGCAGGUGUGUGCUGUGCUGGGGGAAUCACCAGGGCUCGCUAGGGACGCGCUGCUGGGACAGGGGGAGGACAGCAGGAAAACAGCCCUCGCACCUUCCCGGCCCGGUGAUGCCUCCGAGGUGCCAAUCCAUUCACUGCUCUCACUUUCUACAGUGUGGAUCAUGGGGUUUUUCACAUUUAUUUAUUUGAAGGUUUUUUGCUAUUGUGAUGAUUUUUUUUUAAGUCUCUUCCUAAGCUGGGAUCGUCGGGACAAUACAGCUGUGAGUGGAGCAAUAGAUGGAGCAUUUUUAUUGUCUGCAAGAGCAGGUGGCACUAAGGACAGGAGAGAGGCAGAAAUUAAAAGGGAUUGGGGAGGGUGGGGGGUGGUAAAAAAAAACCCAACUGGAAUGUAACCUGCAGCAGGACUGAGGUAGAUGCACAGGUAUAGACCGGACAGCCAAGACACGAAGCUGUAUCUGUGUUACACUUUCUCCACUGAGUGGGGACAAUAAAGUCGAAGACACCUACACAGUCACCGUGCCCUUGAUGGGAGCAGAGCCCACAGCAGCUGCAUGGGUGCUCCAUGAAAGCAACAUCUUCCCUGGCUUGUCUGGGUGGGAUUCCUGGCUGGAGCAUCAGUGGGGGAGCAGAGGGAAGAGGAUCCCACCUGUUCCUGGUUCCUGGGCUGAGCAUGUGCUCACCUGCCCUGUCCCAUCCUGAGGCUGCUCUCGCUGGAGCCAAGGGCAGUGUUUCAUUGCCUUCAGCGACAGCAGGUCACAAUUUACAUAUGGGAUCACCCCACUCUGGAGGUUUCCAGGAAUGUCCCACAGCUGUGGCAGCACUAAACUGGCUCAGCUGGCAGGUAAGACCCUUUGCUACAGUGGGAGGGAGCUGCCCUGGCUCUCCUUGGGAGCACCCACAGUGCCAGGGAUAAAGCAAGCCGUGGUGCAGCAGGGCUGGGCUGGGCUCCUGGGAAGGUUCCCUGGGGAAAGCAGCUGCUUUCUGUGCCUGCCUGCCAGGAGCAGAGGUCCCCAGCAGCCAGGGGUCCCCAUUGGGCUUUCCAGCACUGGGACCUUCUGCUUUCUCAGGCUGCAGCUUCCAGGCGGUUCUGUGAGAGAAAAGCCACCAAUGUCAUCUCCCUGCCCUGAGGCCUGCCCAGCUGAGCACAGGGGCCUUUCCCAUCACUCUCCACGCUUGGUUCCCUGCUUUUUGGUCAGUGCCAUGGGGGUGGUGGUGCUUGCUUUGUUCAGAGUUCAGACUCCAGUCCAGCACCUGCUCUCGACAGUGACAGCAGCAAAUCCUCCCCACAGCAUCCUCACCGAAGCAGAUCAGCACAUCAGGCUCCGUUUAUACACACUUUUGCCUUUAUACUUUUAUUUCUUCCCCAUUUUGGUGUUUUCCUGGAGGGCAGGGGUGGGAGGAGCACUUAGCACAGCAACUGCUGUCCUGUGGCUGAGCACUGGCUCCCUGCAGGCCGAGCUGGUACCAUUUGAGACGUCGAUGCCACAUUUCCUUGUAAGCUGUUGCCUGUCAAUGACUAUCCAGUUUCAAAACUUUCAAACAAUAGUGUGCCUGAAACUAGUGAGAAAAAAAAAAA